GAAAGUCGGUUGUGCGAAAUGAACGCGGCCACUUUGGCAACGAUGAUGCAACACAUGGUGAAGAGCAGCAGCAGAAGCAGGACUCCAAGACCGAUGAUGGUGAUCGUGAUGCCAAGCUCAGUAAAGAGAUCGACUUCUUACUAGACGAAACCGAUGUACCGAAGUUGCCGGAUGAUUUGGAUCGUGCGGUCUCUGAAAAGAUCGAUUGCAAUCGUGCUCUGCCCCCGAAAGAGCGUGGCAAACGAAUCUUUAAGACGCGACACUCAAAUGCUACAACUGGUAGCGAUUUAAAGGAGGAAGAAUUGUCCCAAUCGGAAAGCAGCUUACCGUUGGAAGAGCAUCUGCAUGAAGGUGAAUUCAAUACGACCGACAGCAAAUCAAAAGCGAUAAUCGAUGCUAGCAAUAAAAUGGCAAGCAAACUCAUCGCAGCAGAUCGAAAGUCGGAAAGUUCAGGCACCACGAAUGUCAUUGAAACAAAGCGGAAGAAAGUAGUGGAUGAUGAGCAUGAAGGGGAACAUUUUCAAAAUGCUUCCAUCACUUCUUCCAAGCAGGUGGCAGAGCGGGAAAUAGACACGACAGCGAAGGUUAAGAAAGGUGCUAAGGAUGCACCAACUAUCGUAGCGACAACCGAACAACAGCAGCAACAGCAGCUGGGUGGUCUCUCAGUCAAAGGACGCAGAGGAAAGCAAAAGAAACCAACACCUAUCACUAUUCCAAUAACGCCACUUAAUGAAGCUCAUGAUGAUGCAGAUAAUAGCAAAACAGAUGGGAAGGAGGUAAACUUAGAUGAGAAUGAUCCGGAAUCGAUAAACAGUCAUCGAGAAGGUGAAGGGACGGCAGACACGAAAACGAUCCGGAAAUCAAGCGAAAAUCGUUGCCCAGACAGUAGCAGUAUCAGUGAGCAUCCGCGACGUCGUAGUAAACAGAAACUCCAUCUACACGACGAAGUGGUCACUCCUCCUGUCGACGCACUGGAACCAAUCCGACGAUCAUCCAAGCGAAGUCGUAAGGACAUAGCGCCUACGGAUGAUUCAAAACCGGUUCUCGAUGUGCACGACCACAUCGAAACGCCUUUGGAACCUUCUAAAGUUGGCAAAACAAACGAUGAAAACGUUGAUGGUUUAGCAACAGCUGACGGUACCGUUCCAAUGGAAACAGAAACCAAUACGCAAAUCGACAGUAAGCUCAACGAAGAGGAGACUUCUGACAUACAAAGUACCAAGACGCUUUUCUUAUCCAGUAAAGCCGCCGUUGCCGAAGAUAAUGAAACGGGCAACAAAAAAGUUGAAAAAUCAUUGAAAGAUACUGGUCGAUUUCUUAAACGAAAAAAUGACGACACUACGCAGAUCGUAUCGUCCGAACGCAUUAAAUCCAACGAUAAAGAAGAACCGCUACAGGAUGAUACGCUGGUGAAUGCUAGCGGUACAUCAGACGUUACGAGUCCUGUAUUGCAGGAGAAAAAAAUGAAAACACAUAAUCCUUCAACGGUGUCGAACAGUGAUGAAAAUGCACCGGUAAUGGUAGUUGACUCUAGCACCCCGGCUAUGGUGAUGGCUUCGAAACGAACACCAACUGAUUUGCAAAUAGCCGAAGCAUUAAUCCAUUUGCCGGAAGCGGGCGCUGUCUCACCGAAGAAACAAGAUCCGUACGAUGGCCAAGUUCCGGAAAACCAGAAGAUGACUACUCCAAAAGACGACGAUAGUGAAGCAAGUGCGUCUUCGGCAGCAACCGUAUCACCUGUCUCCAACUGCCUCUCAUCCUCGCCGUCAAUGGUAAUAAAGGGCGCAGCACAAAGUAGCAGUGCCAGCAGUUCUUCGUCGAAGAGCAUCAAUCCACGCAAACGACACCUACAGACGAUGCUGCUCGUCAGCACAGCGGAUGCAUCCGGGAAGGAGGAACACAUUCCUUCCUCUGGCGAAACAACGUCUUCGACGGUCACUAACAUCACGGCGCGGUAUUUGACGACUGAGCAGCAACAGAAACCACCGUCCAGUUCAUCCAUUCCAGAGAAGAAGAAGCGCGAAUCGGUGGAAACCAUAGCAACAACCAUGAAAGAGGAUGAUGGAAGUGAAGAGAAGUUCGACAUUAGCAGCAUGCCUAUCGUUAUGAGUGACAGUGAUGGCUUGCUAGUGAACGAGGCUGUACCGAAAGAAAUGAACGUGAAUGGAGGCAGUGGUGCGGCGAAUGUGAAGCAACAGGAGACGAUGGGAUCGAGCAGCCGUAAAACGACACCGAUGGUUGCGUCAGCGAAAGGUGGUGGUUCGAAGGUACAGGAGCAAAUUGUGAUAACGAGUAAGGGCACUGUGCUGACCACAACAUCACCGGUAGUUGCCAUGACGUCGAAGAUGUCAUCUGCAACCAAAGCAUCUAGCGUCACCGUGACCAGUGCGAUCACGCUCGGUACACCCGGUAGUCGUAUGAGCUCCUCGAUCUCAGUGACUACCUCCUCAUCUUCCUCCUCUUCCUCUUCGUCUUCGUCAUACAUCUUACCACGUCGUGUUCAGCAGGAACAACCAGAAUCAUCGUUGGAUGGGAAUGGAUCGGCAUCAUCCGCCAGCAGCACUAAUGCAUCUACUGCAAUGGUCUUAGCUACACCAUCAUCGUCAUCAUCACCGUCGCCAGCAGCACCAAAGAAAAUCAUUACAAAGAAGCUGCUGAAUGAUACCGGUUCAACCACGCUAUCCACCAGCAGUAACAGCAGCAAUAGCAGCAAUGACAACACCAACUCAACAGUCGCAUCCACGGUGGUAGUUGUCGACCGCCGUUAUUCGGGCGAUUCCGUUACGUCCUCCUCAUCGAUCGGCAUUGCCAAAUCACAGCAACAGCAGCAGCACUCCGUUGCUGGUAAUAGUAGUAACAGCCGUAUGUCGAGCGAACACUCCGGUGGGAAGAAGCGGCAUCGAGUCAUUCAGCUGACACCAGAGAAGCUGGAGAAGUUCAAUCGCCUUGGGUAUAUUGCGGACAAGGGCAACGGCAAAGUAUUGACUGUGGAGGGUAUGCGGAAGAUCAAGCAGCAAAAACAGCUCUCGCAGCAACAAAAACAAAAGCUGCAUCAAUCAUCCUCGGUAGUCAAAACGACGGUAGCAGCAGUUAUGGCUACGACCUCCAGCUCUCAGUUGGUGAGACAAGCUGGCGAAGAUGUAUCUGAAGGGAAAAGGAAAGUGAAACACUCUCUUCCUUCCACACACACCGUUAUGACCAGUCGAAGUAGCAACAGUAACGCUGGCUCGAAGGCUGCAGUGGCUUCGAGUAGCAACAGCAGCACCGGCAGCAGUAGCAACAACAUUAGUUCUCGGUCCUCGUCAGAGAUUGCCACAUCCGGAAACGUUGUGGUGGCAGCGGCUGCCGAUUCUUCCGUGCAGGAGCUACAGUCCACCGCCCCGAUCGGUGGCGGGGAUCCCAGCAGCCAGCAGAUCGUUGUUGCUGAUGACGAUCGUAAUGCGGUUAUCGUUAUCGAGUCCAAGGCAGACGCCGAUAAUGCCUCUUCAGAACCUACCGAUACACCGGACCAAAUUGCUGAAGCAGGAACACUGCAGUCGUUCCCGCCCGAUACCGACAGCAUGAUGGAAGGCGGUGGUUCUCCAACGAGCAGUACGACCAGUGGUGUCGUUGGUUCCGAAAUGAUACUGAGCGUCCAACCGGAACUGAUGGCCUCACCGGCGGCACUCGUCGAAGCCAGUAGUAGUAGCAGUAACACGGCGGGUGGGUGCGCUGUUGCUACCGCCACUGCUGCUGCGGCAGCAACUGGCGCUGAACAGGAAACGCACGAGUAUAUGGCGGUACCGGCGGAAAGCUUCGGUGGACCACCGAGUCUGUUCUAUCUGUGCUCAAUGCGCGAAGAACGAUUGGUGCCAGUCGACAACCAGCUACUGUACCUGGACGCUUCCAAUCAACUCGUAGCGCUAACCGCUGGCCAUCAACACGAUGCCUCCGGCGCGGUAGUGACGGGGGGGCAUACGGCCGAGGAUAUUAUCAAUCAAGCUGAGGUGAUCAUACCGGCCGGUACUACCAAUGCUACACUCGCUUCCGCCGGUAUCGUUGAGGUAGCCGGUACCGCGGUAGAGGUAGCGGAAGAUGAUGAAGGAGGAGCAAUGAGUGGCGAGGGUGGUAGUGGCAUGGUCGUCGAAACUGGCUCGGCGGACGGUGGCCAACAGCAGAGUUUUUUGAUCAACACACAAGACGGACAGCAAAUCAUUCUGGAUCAGCAGAGCCUAAUGGCGCUGGCGGCUAGUGGAGAUACACCACACCUUGUAACGGCCGAUGGCCAGCAGAUACUUCUUCAAGAUACGGCCCAAGAUUGGCUAGCAGCCUUAGCCGUCGGUCAGCAGCAGCAACAAACGGCAGUGCCCCCGGACAGUGCUGGCUGCAGUAGGGGUACGCUCAGUGCUCUAGUCACAGCAGAGGGUACGCAGAUCAUUCUAACACAGGACCAUCCGGGAUCACUGAUCGAACUUCAAGAACAAGCGUCACUGCUUCCUUCGGACGUGCUCCCGGUAAAUCAUCCGAGCACGACGAUCGAAACAAACGCUAUCCUGACGAAGCCACCAAUUAUGUCGACGGUGGAGGUACCAUCGAAAAAUGGUCGCGAUCCCAAGGGCAACAGUUUGGCGAAUUUCGAUCUGAUUAACAAACAGCAAUCGGAAGCAUCAUCAUCGUCCGCGACUGUAGUAGCUGCAAUAGUGACGGGAAAAGAAAGCGGAACAUCCGGCGCCUCCAUCAGGCUACCGAACACACCGAAGCCACCGACAUCGUCGAUUGCGUCGGCGUCGGCGCCGACGACAAUGACACCGACGACGACGAAUCUCGACGAAACAUUAGCAGCCGUGAUUGGUGUACCUAGUAAACCGAACGUACCUACAUCCCUGGAACUGCCGAUCACAGUCACAAACCCGGCGAUCGCCAAAACGACCACCACUAGCAGCCGCAUCAAUCCGGUGCUUUUCCCGAUCGUACCCUCGAUAGCGGGGCAACCGACGGUCGAGGCUUCUGGAACGGCGAUCGUGCUGUUGGCAGGCGGGCAGUUAGCUGCGACAGAGCAACGUGAUGGCGAUGCUGUCACGGAUACAACACAUCAUUAUCACCAACACCACCAACCGGAACCGGAAUCGAAGGAGGACGGGGCCCUAUCGUCCAACGCGACAACAGAAGGCGAUGCGAAGCAAGAGGAAGAAGAGGAGGAUGAAAUUCAAAUUCCUUGCACUCCGGACUCUCAGGCUGAUGAUGACAAUAAUGGUUGUGAGGAGGACGAUGAGAUGGCGUUCGAUGAGCAGCAGCACCACCCAGACCUGACAGCCAGUGAUGACGACGAAGGUCAGCGCCCAGGUGCACGCAGGUGGCAGCACGGAUCGAGGAUCGCUGGACGGACGAAUGGUCGACGGUCCGGUGCCAUAAGACGCCAUCGAAUGAUGAUGAUGAUGAUGAUGGUUGACGAUGAUAAUGAUGAUUCCAACUGUAGCGAAAUUAUUCCACUGCAACCGAACGUAGUCGUGCUGGAUGCUGCGGCACUGCUCGCACAGCAAUAUCACGAAUCGGACGAGGAGGAAGAUGAGACGGAGAAGGAACAUCACCAUAGACUGGCCGGUAGUCAGAACGACCAGCAGUUUGCUAAUGAUAACGCGGAACGUGGCAAUGAUUGCGGCACACAAUCAUCUGUCGUUCUCAACGGCACCGAUGAUGGCGGCAUGGACGAGAUCAAUCAGGACAGUCGUGGUAAUCAAUCCACCAGUGCCAGUCGGCGCGGUGCCGUUGAACGUUAAAACAGAACAGGCAUUGGCAGUUGACGAAUUGCCAGCGGUUGCCACAAGGCAUAACAAAAUUUCGCUUAGCUACUGAGCAACCCAGUGUAUGUGCGCCAUAUACGUCUACUAGGUAUCUAUGAUGUUUUGACGUAAAACGGUUCUUCUCUUCUCUCCACUCUAUCACAUCUGGCGGGAUAUAUUUGUUUUUUUUUUAUGUAAUGUGUAGUGGCUUGUUGAUACGAUUACAACCUCGUGCUUCCCUUCUUUGUAAAGGGUUUGUCCCUUUUUCCAUGACGAUUCUCCUAGUGGUAGCCAUCAUGUAGCGGUUUUUGGUACAGUUGUCUGGGUUGUACAAAUUGAUUUGUAGUGCAUAUGCGACUCUUUGUUUGAUCCUAAAAUUGCCAGCUGUUUCUCUUUUCCUGUAUAGACUAAUAUAAAUAAUCCGCCAUUUUCUACUUAUUUAGCUUCUCUAUUCUUUUUAAUUUAUGUUUUUUUUAUUUAACCUAUCCCGGAUUGCCUGCUUAAACUAAGCCCUUGUCUGUCUGUAUUUUGUUUUCAAUUUUUCCUUCAGAUUCUUUCAUCUUGUAAAAGAUGGCUACAGCCUGCCGUGCGAUCGUGGUUCUCAGCAAAGAAGGCUAUCCUCUAUCCUCUACCCUCUCCCCUAUUAAGAACACCAGAGGACUUGUGUUCUCUGGGACAGAAUGAGGAUAUCCUGCAUGGUAGGGAAAGAGAACUUUGGAGGUGAUACUAGGCCUACCAGUGGCUCAUAGUUCGUGAUGCAACGAAAGCGAGCUAUGUGCCAUUUAGUAGCUAUGGUGCACUUUAAUAAUAAUAAUAAUGUCCAGUCGACAGAAAACGACGUGGCACGCAUAACAACCUGCAAUCGAAUAAGAAUUGUUUUAAAAUUGAACCAUUUGAUAAAGCAUAUUCACGGAGUUGUGCGAGCUAACGACGGAAACUCGGCGUAGAAGGUAGAAUUCCUAAUAAUCAAUACGAUAGUGACAGUUCUAUGCCAGUGUAGGACAGAAUGUUUCAAGGCAUUGGUAAGGUUUAAUAUACAUAUGGUUACUAAGAUAGGCUUAAAGUACGGGAGGGCAAUAAGGGGGAGGGCGAAGCUGUAAACAGCUUCUAGUUGUGUAAGCAACGGUAGUAAGCUGUGGCAAAUUUUAGGAUAUAGAGCAAAUGUAUGCUGUGUACAAAAGGCUUUCAAUAAAUGUUUUAGCAAUUUCCAUAUUAAAACCCAACAACGCGAAACUCAUCCUAAAUGAUUCGUAUGAAACCGUACCUUCAGCGUGUGAUGUAAGUGAUUGCAAGAUUUGGUUGUAACGAACGAAAAAUAUUUAUUACGCUCUAACUUCCCAG